GAACCAUUUCUUUAUACUAUUGGAAGGAGAAUCCACUGGCAGGCUUCUGAGAUAUGAUCCUCCCACCCAAACAACUCAUAUUGUCUUGGAAGGUUUGGCUUUUCCAAAUGGGUUGCAGCUUUCUAAGGACCAAACCUUCCUUCUCUUUACUGAGACCACCAACUGCAGGCUAAUGAAAUAUUGGCUAGAGGGUCCUAAAAAUGGGACAGUCGAACUUGUUGCUGACCUUCCAGGUUUUCCAGACAACAUAAGAAUAAAUGAGAAAGGCCAAUUCUGGGUUGCCAUAGAUUGUUGCAGGACCCCAGCACAAGAAGUCCUCUCUCACAAUCCAUGGAUACGAAGUGUCUACUUUCGCUUGCCGAUCCGAAUGACCUACUUAGCGCGAUUUAUGGGGAUGAAGAUGUACACAUUGAUCUCCCUCUUCAAUGAGAAGGGGGAAAUUUUGGAAGUUCUCGAGGAUCAAAAGGGUGCCGUUAUGAAACUUGUGAGUGAAGUUAGGGAAGCAAAGGGCAAGCUGUGGAUUGGAACUGUGGCUCAUAACCACAUUGCCACCAUUCCUUACCCUUAAGAAUCAUUUGGGUCUGUAGAUGAAUAUCUUUGUUGUUCAUACAAGCCUUUUAGCAACAGUAUCUUAAAUGGGUGGCUUGAUUUAUGAUUUGUGUAACAGUAUUGAUAAUUAGAUGAUUUGAGGUUUGUGGCUUUUUAUUAUUA